GAACAACAUGUAUUCUGCACACCUAACUAUACAACUUGUCGCCUGGUCACUUUGACAUUGUCAGCAUGUUUUUCCAGUUAUAUUUGACGUUCUUGAUUAUCAACGAAACUUUUAAAGCCUUAGCUUUACUUAAUGGCCGUAUAAAACUUCACCUGGACAAAACAGCAGAAAAGAUACUAUGUAUUGACUCCGCUUAUGAUACUGUUCAAUAUGUGCUACGAGGAUCUAUUAAUAAUUCUGGUAUAGAUGUAAAAGCUAUAGGAUUUAGUCGACACUAUACAGACCGGAAGUUAGAUAAGGACAUUGAUUACCUCAUCUUCUCUGAAGAUUGCUUCAGUGACAAAAGUGGUUCUAUUCAUUGCGUAAAGACAAGUGAUGCCAACAUUUUUGAGAUCAUUCUGAGCACCACAUUAAAGUUAACUGAUAGUAAAAAAUACCUUCGUGCUGUAAUAUUUACGUUAGGUGACAAAGAAUUCAGCCCGUAUGCAGCAUUACCUGUAAUUGUGAACAAAGACGACAUCAAGAUUGACUACGAGCUGAAAGUUAACAAUGUAUCUAUUACUUCGGAGAGACACAUUAUCGAAGUAAUGAGCAUGACAAUAAACAUAUUUUAUCGCCUGAUAUCUCCUUCGGACAUUCCUGUCACUUUAAUUGUCACCAUUGGAAAUGAGUCUCGAGAAAUUCAGGAAAAUGUCAGUGAACAUUUUAACUUUGAAAGCUCUGACCAGAAAGUUAUUUGGCGAUUUCAAAUCUGCAAUGUGACAGUACGCAACGGAACAAUUGAGGUUACAUAUCAUCAGUCAAACUCAAACGCCAAAGUGAUCAUCAUUGCCACAGUCAUAGGCUUUGUGGGUAUUUUUGCAGUUCUGUCUUUCUUAUGUUUACUUUUGAGAAAAUGUGCUACGAAAAUAGAACAAAAAGGCUAUGAAAAAGAAAAUACAGAGGCGUACGAACAACAAAACUUAGUGUGUCCAGAAAUGAAAAACCCAGCAGACAAUGAGAAGCAAUGUAGCGUUCAUAAUCAGUUGAACAUAAAAUGCAAGUCUGCAACUUUAUCACUCCCUAGUCCUGGUACAAAUAGCAAGGCCUUGUUGCGGAUGGUUUCACACUUACAUGAUGUGUUGUUAUAUCGGCACGUGACUUGUCGAAAAAAAAGUGAUGUAGAAUCGGCGUAAAUGGCAGAUGUAAACUUUAUCCUCAAGCCCUUCCAGAAACAAGUUUUGUUAUGGGAAGUGAAAUCAAUUUUUGUCUUCCUUUACCUUUUGAAGAUAGAUCAUCCUACAUCUUCGAUCAGCUGAAAGGAUCCUUUAGGAUCCUAGGCUAAUUUAUCUCAUGUUUCAUAACUUAAAAAAAAAGCUGUUUAUCAAAUGUAUCAGGAUGUAAACAUCGCGCAAAUUGUCCAAGAACGACAUAUUAAAUUUUGAUUUCCUAAGCAAAUUUCCUAAAAUUAUAUUGAUAAUUCCUACAAAAGUAUUCCUUAACAUAAAUCAUUAUUUUUUUUCCUCGUGGAUUGCGAUACUACUUUAAGCUAGUUGACUGUUGUAAGACAUCUUUAAUGUAAUUUUGUAUAUGUUUUUUUUUGUAUUUUGUUAUUAUAAUUUUGUAUAGAUUGUCUUCCUUCUUUUGUAGAAUUCUCAGUGCAUUCUGGGAUGUUGUAGAGAAGGAUGGUGCCUGUGAAUGCUUUCAUGUUGCAUUUAUGAGCUUAUCAAAAACAGCGAUUUUGUUGUUACUGCCACAAUUUCAGCAUUAUA